AUGCAGUUAGCCAAGUGGUUACCUCUGGCGGUCGGUGCGUUGCUGGCCGGGAGGACCUCACCGACCGUGCUGCUACAACCAGCCGAGCCCGGUGAGCCUGCCCUAGUGCACGUUGUGGUGCAGGUUCUGAGGGAUCACUUUCGGCACCCAUUCUAUCCGGUGCAGAUCUACUGCGGCUGGCUGGACGCUUGCAGUAGGUCCGCCGUGGUGUCCGACUUUCUCGAGCACGUACUUCGCCUGCUCCCCAGCGAGUUCACCGUAGUGUUAAGUACGCCAUUGGCUGAGUCUGACGGUGGUACCGGGAGCCCUGCACCGCCGAUGCGAAACUUGCUGCUGCUGGAGAGCGUCGGGACCGUGGACAGGAUGAUGGGCGACUUGAGAAGCGAUCCAUCGGGGCGUUACCUGAUCGUGCUCACGGAAGACGCGGUGGCCAGCGUGCUGGACCGUAUCUUCGCGGAACUGUUCGAGCUCAACAUCAUCAACGUGAACGUGCUGGUGCCCGAGCGGUCCAGGGUGGCAGCGUACACCUAUCACCCAUUCUCCCCGGGGUUCUGCCGUAUCGCAAGGGCACACCUGGUGGCGACCUGGUGGCCAUCGAACCCACUCGGCAGGACACGUGUACGCUCGGUGGAUCUGUACCCGUUGCGGUUGACUACCUUCCACAACUGCACCCUGCGGGUUGGUUCGUUCGAGGUCAAACCGUACACGGUGCUGGUCCCCAAGGUCGACGGCCACCUGGAGCUGGGCGGUUUCGAGGGGGACCUGCUGCGGUUACUCUCGCAGCGGCUGCAGUUUCGCGUCAACAUCACCGAAUCGCCCGGCCAGGUCCAGUGGGGUACGAUCGGACCGAAGGGUAACAGCACCGGCACGAUGAAGCUGGUGCAGGACGAGCUGGUGGACCUGGCGAUCGCCUGCAUGGCGGUGGACCCGACACGCAACCUGUACCUACAGCCCGGCGCCAUCCACUACACCUCGCGGAUACUGUUCGCGGUGCCCCAGGGCCGUGCAUACACUGCCUUCGAGAAGCUGUUUCGCCCGUUCCGGACAGACAGUUGGUUGGCGCUCGCCGCCAGCCUGGUCGGGGCCGCAGCCCUGGUGAUGGCACUGGCCCGCUCGUCCCGACCAGUCCGGGCCAUCGUCUACGGGAGUGACGGCGUGCGAAUGACACCGCUGCACGCGCUCUACAUGUUCUACGGUGGCGCGGUGGCCGCCGUACCGAGCCGCAACUUUGGCCGCACCCUGUUCGCCCUCUGGCUACUGGCAACGCUGGUCCUGCGCUCGCUCUACCAGGGCUCACUGUAUCGGUACCUCCAGCGCAGCGCGUACUAUCCGCCACUGGUGUCCCUGCAGCAGGUGUACGAGUCGUCCCUCGAGCUGCACAUGAUCAACAUCGCGAUGCGCUUCUUCACCGACCGGCCGGAAGUUCGGGCCCGGGCCCGUUUCAUACCGCCCGGGCGGGACACGCUCGGGGACAUGGUGUCGGGGCUGCUGGACCGGUACGACGACCGGGCCGUCGUCUGCCCGAUGGACGUGGUGGCGUACUGUAACCGGCGGACCAAGCGCGCCCAGCGCCGCGCCCGGGUCCACAUCACCCGCGAGCCCAUCACCCUGUUCCCGGUCACCAUCUACUACCACAAGCGGUCGAUGCUGGCGGCCGUCUUCGAUCGCCAGAUCCGCAGGAUCGUGCCGAGUGGGCUGAUGCAGUUUUGGGUGAGCAACUACGGGGACUACGACUUCUUCGCCGACACCGGCCGCUCCCCGGCCAACGGUCCCCGGCCGCUCACGAACGCCCAUCUGGUCGGGGCGUACCAAGUGCUGUUGGGUGCGUACGGAUUCGGUUUGCUCGCACUGUUGCUGGAACUGCUGUCCCGACGGGUUCGCUGGCUGAGUCAGAUUUUCGAUUACUACACCUAG